GGAGAGUUGAUGAUACAUCCGCCAAUAUCGGGCAUCAAGUAUAAUCAAGAACAAUUAUUUUUUUCUCUCCGAUAGAAAUGAUGAACGUUCGUAGAUGUAUAUUAUUAACGUUAUAUAUAUGUGGGUGUAGUGUAAGAGCUGUUAAUUUUGACCUUAAUAAAGUAGCAUAUAUUCAAGUAAAUGAAAAUGAUAGAAAAGAUCCUUCUUAUUUUGGAUAUUCUCUAUUAUUACAAAGAGGAACAAAACCUAUAGUUAUAGUAGGAUCUCCGAAACAAAGUCAACAAACCGGAGGUAGUAUAUUUUCAUGUGACGUUUUAUCGAACGAGGGGUGUACUAAAUAUAGCACUACAAUCGACAACAACGGAACAUUUAAUGGUAAUUUUUUUGGUGUCGCGAUUGACGGAGAGGAUGAGAUUGGAAAGCAAUUUGUUGCUUGUGCUCCAAGAAAAGUUAGUAAAGCAGGCACCAGUACCAACACUAAUUAUUAUUUGAGAGGUUCUUGUUUACUCCACACAAAUUCGUCCCUAACGGGAAUCAGAGGAAUUGAAUUAAGCCCUCUAAAAAAAGAAAAUGUAAUCGGCUUCGGAAAUAAUGAAUAUUAUUAUGAUAAUGCGUUUGGAGAAGCAGGCAUCGCUAUCAGUUAUAAAAAUAGUACGACGUUAAUUAUGGGAGCAACAGGUAUUAAAAAUUGGAACGGUGCUUUGGUUAUUCAAUCUCUUAUUUAUUCACAAUCGCAUUAUUUUAUACCCAAAAAGGAGAAUCCGUCCGCGGCCGAAAUUUAUAAUUAUUUGGGUUAUAAUGUUGGUUAUGCGUAUGUUCGAAACCAACCAAUUAUGUAUGCAGGAGCACCUAGAGCCGAACAUUUAUUAGGAAAAGUGAAAUUUUUUCACAAUUCUAAAGAAACAAAUAGUUUCACCGGAGAAGAAAUGGGUGCUUAUUUCGGAUCGGUAGUUUUAGCUCAAGAUGUUAAUAACGACGGUUCGGAUGAUUUGUUUAUAGGUGCCCCAACUGCAGCUGGUAAUUCUUUUGAUGAAGGAUGCGUAUAUUUCUACAAAAACGCUUUGAGCGCGACUGCCAAACUUUUUGGUAAAGGUAAAAAGGGUUCUAGAUUUGGGUCUAGUAUAGCAGCACUUGGUGAUAUAGACCUGGAUAAAUUUAACGAUGUUGCUAUAUCUGCACCUUUCGAAAACGAUGGUACAGGUGUUGUUUAUAUAUUUAUGGGUUCAAGCGAAGGUAUAAGAACCACUUAUAGUCAAAGAUUGGUACCAUCUGAUUUUCCAGGAAAUCAUUAUCCAAUCAAAGGUUUUGGAAUUGGAUUAUCAAGAGGAAAUGAUGUUGAUGGUAAUGGUCACAAUGAUCUAGCAGUAGGAGCUUUUAAGAGCGGUCACGUUUUAUUCAUCCCUACAAAAUCAGUUAUAGAUUUCCGAACGAUUUUACAAUCGAAUGAAUCUUCCGUAUCGUCACUCAACAAUCAAAUCACAAUCACGUAUUGCGUAAAUUACAAAUCGAGAAGUAAAUUGAGUAAAAUUAAAUCGAUUAAUUUCCAAUUCAAACUCGAUAUGGAUUAUCGCGUUGAGGGACCCAAACUUCACGUUGAAAAUGUUACAGUGUUGCCAGAAGUAAUGUUAUGUAAACAACGAGAUGUUAAAUUAAUGCAAUCUGACAUAAAUCCUCUCAUCUUUUCAUUAGAAACGAAAAUUCUCGAUAAUAGCAUUCAUGCAGCAGGUACUUUUGUAUUAGAUAAAAAUAUUCCUUAUUCUCACGGAUGCGGAACCGAUGAUAUUUGUCAAACUCAAAUUAUGAUUGAAGUAAAAACAAAUACAAACAACAUAAUAGUUGGACAAACUAAAACAAUAACGGUGAAAAUAUACGCAGAAAAUGCGGGAGAACCUGGAUAUCAAUGUCAAAUAUUCAUAACUGCACCAGACAAUAUUCAAUUAAUGGAUGGUAGGAGGUGUAAACAUGAAAAUUCAACUUUUAUAUGCCCAUUCGCUGCUACAUUAUUCAAUUCAACUGAAAAAGAGGUAAUUUUUGACGUUUCAUCUAUACAAUUAGAUAUCGACACUGUAAAUACGACUUUCAAAUUAACGUGUUUAGGUGAUAAUAUAGAUAACGAAGAAACUUUAAUUUUAUUGGUUACAACAUUGAAUUCACCUUAUAUCGAAGGGAAAUCGGAUCCUGAAAAUUACGAAAAUUACGAUAUUAGUUCCACGGAUGAAGCUGAUAUUGAUAUUCUUCAUACAUUCACUUUAGGAAAUUUUGGACCGUCCCCGGUAAAAGCGGACGUUUAUUUGUUGGUACCGCAAAAGAAAUUAGCAAAUAUUGAUAUGUUUCGUUUUGUCGAAGCUAAGCAAAUUUUGAGAGGACUUGAACUACCUUGUACUUUAAAUAGCGACGUUGUAAAUAACGAGAAAAAUUACGAAACGACUUCGGUGGUGAGGUCGUCGUCAAAUAAAACCGUUUACUUUGAUUGUUACGAGAAAGACGUUAACUGUUUAGAAUUAUUUUGUGACGGUGAUUAUUUGUACAAAUCUACAGAGACUGCCAAAUACACUUUGAAAAUUAAAACCAACACUAAAAUUUUAGCUGAAUUUUUCAAAACUCAAUCGGCAGAUAAAAAUAUUAUCGCCUUCGUUUCUUCGGCUUUUCUUUACAACGGAACACGAGUUGAAGCCACAGCCACAACAUUGUUAUUGAAUUCCCAUACAACAUACAUACCCUUAUGGGUUUACAUUGUGGCGUCAGUUGUUGGUAUUUUGCUAUUAGGUCUAAUAGUUUUCAUUUGUUACAAGUGUCAUUUCUUUGAUCGAAAUUUCAAGGAGAAACUGAACAGUGAACGAUUAAUGGAUCAGCACAUCGAAAUGGAUGAUCAAAAUGGAACAGAAGACGGAAAAUCAUAAUUCCUAAUUUGUUGGGCAAUAAUUUUGUUAAAACACAUAUUUCUAUCAAUAAAAUCAAUUGGAACUUA